AUGUCCCUACAGUCUGGGGAAGGAAACUCACUCGGCGUCCUUUGUUUUGUUACGCGUGCAGUGGAUCCCCAUACUGUCAUUGCUGUUCGUGUAUCGCUGUUUUGUGUUCUAGAUGGGCUGACAAGAUCUUUGUGGGAAACAGUUUAUGAUAUUCUUGCCUCUCUGGGGCUAUUAAACAAGCAUGCCAAACUGCUCUUUUUGGGCUUGGAUAAUGCUGGAAAAUCUACUCUAUUGCAGAUGUUGAAGAAUGGCAGAGUCGCGCUUUUGCAGCCAACCGCACAUCCGACUUCCGAGGAACUCUCAAUUGGCAACAAUACAUUCACAACCUUUGAUUUGGGAGGCCACGUCCAGGCUCGCCGUCUGUGGAAAGAUUACUUCCCCGAAGUCAAUGGAAUUGUUUUCAUGGUUGAUGCCGUUGACCAUGAGCGUUUCCCCGAAGCCAAGGCCGAACUCGAUGCCCUCCUCGCCAUGGAAGACCUAGGCAAGGUUCCGUUCUUGGUCCUCGGCAAUAAGAUCGACCACCCUAUGGCUGUUUCCGAAGACCAGCUCCGUGGUGCCUUGGGAUUAUAUCAAACCACGGGCAAAGGAAAGGUCCCGUUGGAGGGAAUUCGACCUAUUGAGGUGUUUAUGUGCACUAUUAUCGGACGCUCUGGCUAUGGCGAAGGUAUCAGAUGGUUAUCGCAAUACGUCUAA